CGGUAUCGACGUAUCGCGCUUCUCACGUAGUCAGUGUCAACUCGACGACGGUCCGCACUUCAGCUCGCGAUGCGGCUAACUCGUACUGCCUGCUCGGCGAUCGCGCUCGUUUUAUUCGGCAAUGUAAUGUUGCACGCGAGCGGCACGCCGGAAAGGAACCCUAUGUGGAAUCAAACCUGGACUGAUCGGUUGAAGCAGGAUCUGUUCGUGAAAUACGAUAAGUUCGCUCGACCGACGCAACAUUAUAAUACUACGACGGUCAACUUCGACAUCGCCGUUCUUUAUGUCGAUGUGGAUGACUUCAAGUCUACCAUCACCAUCAACGGGUGGGCCCGGCACGCAUGGAUAGAUGAAAAGUUAAAAUGGGAUCCCUCGAGAUACGGUAAUAUCCAAUAUAUUCACGUAGGGAAUCACGAGGUAUGGCAACCGGACAUUCUGCUGUAUCAGAGCGGAACUGCUGGUACAGUCGAACAUUACGGUGAUACUAACUGCAUCAUUUACAACGACGGCCGAGUGUUAUGGGUGCCACCCGCGCAAUUCAUUGGUCUUUGCGAGCUAGACUUUCAUCUGUGGCCCUUCGAUACUCAGAUUUGCACGUUGACCUUCGGUUCUUGGACGUAUCACGGCGAGCAGAUCAAUCUAGAAUUGCGCGAAGCCGAGGAUAAUGAACCUCUUUACGUUAAAAACGCGGAAUGGACUCUGAUGGACAUAAACAAAACGCGUAAAUCGACUAUUUACGCCUGUUGUCCGGAUGCAUACAUCAAUUUAAAGUUUCAGAUGACUUUAAAGAGAAAUUCGGCGCUUUACAGCAGUAUAUUGAUAAUGCCUGCUGCUGCUAUAGUUUUCCUGGUUCUACUUACAUUCUGGCUACCACCUCACAGUGAAAUGAAAAUCAGUGUUGGGGCCUGCACUGCGUUGAUUAUCUCCGUGUUUUUGGCUUACUGUGGCCUCAAAGUGCCAUUAACCACGAACCCUCCACUCAUAGUCUAUUUUUACAGUGGCUGUCUCUGCCUAGUAACAAUUUCGUUAGUGAUAUCGAUCUCGGUGAUCAACAUGUCAAAAAGGAUCUUUUGCAAACCACUUCCGCGAAAUAUCAAACUGUGCCUACUAAGCUGGCCCGGAAAGCUACUAGGUCUCUCUGACCUCAUAAGUGUGAUUGAAACGCGGCGGCCAAUGCCUGGUCAGGAAUUGCGUGGCAAACUUACGGAGGAAUCCGCUACCAAUUCGACAUCCAACAUUUCGGAAGAUGGGGAUCGACAGAACAUGAUCUUCCCAACGAAGAACAUCACGCAACUCGAAUGGAUCUUGGCGAGCACGGCUGUCGAUCGCAUCGCAUUCGUGCUCUUCUGCUUUAUCUUCACAAUAAUGGAAAUAAUGUACAUAAAUCAAGUCGGUUAAGUGAAAUUGUUUUCUGAAAUCAUUCGAACGCAUAUCGCGCGCGCGCUUAAUCUACGAAUCGAAUCGUGAAUCGUUAUUCAACGUUGAUUUAUUCUCGUAAAUAAGUAUAUGUAGGUCUUAUAAUAUAUACAAAUAUAUCAUACAAAGCCACGCACACACGUAUGCAUAUACAUAUACAUACAUAUAUACCUGCAUGCGUGGAUGAAAAUAUUUUUUAGCUUUCCAUUGAGAAUAUAUUGAUGUUGCGUAUAUUUGCGACGAUUUCUUUAUCUGUAAACAACGACUGUAAAAUACGCUAGGGCUCAAUGAAUCACGUUUUCCUAUUCUCUAUCGUAUAAAAAGACAGUAUCAAAAGCA